AUGUCUACGCAGCACUUUUUUGUCCAAGACGUAAUGCGAUCAGAGGACGAACCAAGACGACUGCAGAAGCUACACGAAGAGAACGCCAGGACGCGAUGGUUUAAUAUCCGCCACCACAAUUCCCAGCCUUACCUCCAUGUCUAUGACCGAUUCGGGCCGUUAUGUGAUCUUCCUGCUGGUGACGGCGCCGAUGCGUCGAGCACCUUCCCGACAAUCGUAUCCUUCAUUGGAAAAUCAGGCGUAGGGAAGAGCACGCUGGUAAGAGCGAUGCUGCUGUUGGGAAGUAUCGAUGCGCAGCAGGUAGACACCGAGGACGUCUCUGUGCUGGCGUCAAAUCAGAGCCGCAUGGCGGCCUUCAAGAACAUCAGCUCUGCCCAAGGACCGUUGCCUGUUACAAGAUCGGGACAUGUCGAUCAUCUCGCAGACCCGACCACGUUUGGCGUCCAUCUUUAUAAGGACGAGAAAGGCCUGUGUGGGCCUCCGUCCAGCCCAGCCGGCUAUACUCUGUUCGCAGAUUGUGAAGGAUUCUUUACUGGCGCUGCCCAGACGAAUGCCGAGCGCCUGACCAGUGGCCGAGGCAUUACGCCUGCCGAAGACGAUGCUAUGGAGGCCAAUCUCCUGUACAAAGCACCGGUAACAGCAAAUAUGUCCACUCAGGACGGACAGGGACGAGCAGAGUCAUACUAUGCCCGAUUUCUCUACUCCAUCAGUGAUGUCGUCGUCUUUGUCACCAACGAGGACCAGAACAUCACGAGCCUCCUUAUGAGCGCGCUCGAGUGGGCGGCAACAGCAGUACUACAUUCUGUCAACUAUCCUUCGCGGAAGACUCUUAUCAUCGUCCGGAACGGAGCCAUUGGGCAGCGUCAGCAGAUCAUUGAUACUGAGUCACUGGAAAGACUCUAUCUGGACCGGCAGACAGUGAAUCUGUGGAAAAGAUCCGGCAUACUGGAGCCCUUCGUCAACGACUACAACAGCCGGCAGGACAAGUAUAGCAAGCAUGUCUAUGACAACCGAGAUCUGUACGAUGUCUUGUUCGACCGAACCCUUUGCUUUUGCAUCCCACGCGUCGAUGACGUCGAAGAAUACCGCGACGAGACGGUGUUCACUCAGUAUCUGGGCUUGCGAACGCUGAUUGACGAGGCGUCUCGACGAGCGGUAAGCAUGCGGUCGCAGGUGUGGAUGAGAUAUGAUGUCGCUUCCUUCUCCCAGAUGCUCUUUGCGGCCUUUGAGCAUUUCCGAACCAGCGACAAACCAUUCAACUUCAACCAAGUGGUCAGGAUAAACAGGCCCCAUCCCCGUUCAUUUCUCAACCACAUUGCCAACUUUCUCCGACUCGCCUUGAAUACAACAUAUUUUCGGGAAAUUAGAGCCAUGAUACCCGACAUCAUAGCCCUGAAUCUUGUGGUGUGGGCUAUGAGAACCCUCCACCAAGCAGAGGACGAGAACGACGUUUCAUUGGCGGAGCAAUGUCAUUCUGCGAUCAAGGAAUUCGAAGCGAAAUACCAGCAGUGUGGCUAUAAGUUUGCGAACAGUGACCAUUGCAUCAACGGUCCUGUGAUAGCUCAUCAACAACUGCAUCUCUCGCCUAACAACAAGCAAGCCUACGGACCGUUCGUCCUCAGACAAGUAUUAGACCCGAAUUUGGUGGGUGUGAUCCGUGGCAAGUUCCUGGAGCAUUACAAUACUGUGGUGAUCGAAGACCGGACUGGACGACGUUCGAUGGGGAAGCCUCUCCCAGAUAAAAUCAAACGCGUUCGGGAAGCAGUCAUGCAGAAGUACUGGUCACACUGGCUCGACAUGACAAGCAACACGACUUGUCUGGCGUGCUUGCAAGCAGUGCCAGAGAAUGUCCUGCAUUGCGGGCAUGGCUACUGUGUCCGAUGCGUGCGCGAGUUGGGAAAACCAUCCGAGUCCUUCGAAUCUGCUUGGACAUUCGAGGUUUGCUCUCUUUGUGGCAGACGCACGGGAGACAACUACUCGCACUUGAUCAGAGGAACGCCAUGCUGCUCUGGUGUUCGAAUCCUGACUCUCGACGGCGGCGGAAUCCGCGGCAUCAUUGAGCUUGCUCUUAUUCAGGAGAUCGAGAACAAGCUAGGCCUUGGAAUCCCCUUUCGCGACUAUUUCGACCUCGUGGUGGGCACAAGUACUGGAGGGAUAGUCGGCCUAGCUAUCUCCAUGGGAGACAAAGAUGCCAACACGCAGACCAGUCUGCUCACCAAGGCUUUCAAGUCUUUUGCUUCCACCACAUUUCUCCAUCCCCGUGCUGGAAGACUUUUGGACCGACUGGGCCUCGGCCACUUUGUGACCAGUGUGGUCAUGUCGGUCGGCCUAUAUCAAGCGCUGUUUGAUUCGAAUCCCUUGCAAGCAGGGCUCGAGCGGUUUUUUGGCGCCCACACCAGCUUAUUCAGUUCCGCGCGCACUCGGCAUCAUCAAUGCUCGACGAGAGUUGCGGUGGUGACGACGAAAGAAUUCGGCAAAAGAGCCCAUCUCAUCACCAGUUACAACAGGGCUACGCUAGGAUCGAGUAAUGACUUUGACCGUGAAGACGAUGAAGGUAGGGGCAUGAAGAUCUGGGAGGCUGGCCUCGCAACGUCAGCCGCUCCAUUCUACCUGCCCCCAUUUAAAAAGACGGAGACCGGCAGCGUGUACUUUGACGGGGCUCUGCAUAUGAACUGUCCAGCUCCGGGCGCUGUUGAGGAAGUCAAGAAGAUCUGGCCAGAGAACACACCGUCGCUCGACGUCCUGGUCUCGCUGGGAACGGGGAUCCAGGAGUCCGAAGUCAAAAUCCCGAAGGCGAUUCGCAUCGGAGGUUUCGCCGAGAUUUGCAAGACUUUCCACCGACAGCUAGACUCUGAGAAUCAAUGGGAGAAUUUCCGGUCGAGCGGCGCCACCGAUGGUAUACGGGAUCGCCUGCACCGACUCAAUCCUCCAAUCGACGAGGACCUUCAGAAGGUCACUCUCUAUCAAUGGCAGAAGAUGAAUCAGCUGGAGGCCAUGGUGCAGCGUCAGAUGAAGGAGCCAGCAUGGAGAGCUCGACUCGGCCACGUUACAUCCGCUCUGCUGGCGAGUCUGUUCUACUUCGAGCCGGACGCAGAAGCACCUUUGAGCCCCACGACUCCUACGCCCACACCAACGAGCACCCAGCACGGAAUUGAGGCCACGGAGAUCCAAGGCACGAUCCGGACACGCCUUCGCCACGACAGCGGCGAGUUGAGUCGUCUUCUCCAUCGAGUGACGGGGCUGUUCUGGACGAAGCUCUCCGCCUCCUCGAGAGGCAUCUCGAUUUCGCCAUCCGUGCAGCACGAGCCUUGGACUGAGAUCUUGGCGUUCACGACCACCAAAGAGCAAGUUCUACAAUUCGGCUGCCCGUUUCGCGUCCCCGUCCACUUCACCGAGCCUUCAGGGACCAAAUCCCUGCUUGUAGCUGUGCGGUUCAGGGACUCGGCGGCGCCGGUGCCGAUCAGCGGGUUUCCCGCCUCGCUGCAGAGCUUGUAUGCAAAGGCCAGGGCAUGGGAUUGA